CUGUAAGAAUUUAGGUUCGCCGUAACAACCGAAAGAUGGUCUCGAUCAUAAAAAACCAGCUGCUGAAACACCUGUCGAGGUUCACCAAGAAUUUAUCCGCCGACAAGAUAAACCUGAGCACAUUCAAAGGCGAAGGAGAGCUGUCUAAUCUAGAACUCGAUGAAAUAGUCCUCACGGAUCUACUAGAGCUGCCAUCGUGGUUAAGACUUACUAACGCCUGGUGCAAUAAAGUUUCAUUUCGCAUACAAUGGACCAAACUGAAAAGUGUUCCUAUUUUUUUGAGUUUGGAUGAGGUUCACAUUGACGUAGAAACAUGUGAGGAUCUGAGAAGCAUGUCUUCCCCGCAGGGUAUAUCAUCGUACGCUGGACCUGCGAAGUAUUCUUUUAUACAUAAAGUAAUCGAUGGAAUUACAGUGACCGUCAACACUGUGCUGGUUACAUUUAAAAGUCCCGCGUUUAUUGCCUCGGUCCAGAUGAACCGGAUUAUAGUAGAAUCUAAAUCGGCUACAUGGCAGCGUUGCGAUCUCAGAACCACUAGAGUAAAGGAUCCCGAUCGAGGGCAGUUACUUAUCUUCAAAGAGUUAGAAUGGCAGACCGUUAGGAUAGAAGCCCAAAGUACCAAGGAUCAAAAUCUGACGCCGCUCCGUUUACUUACGAACCAAGCGAGAUGUCGAAUUACAAUAAAGAAAAGAAUAUCAGAUUGUUUCGUCAUGGGCUCCAGAUUGGUAAUUAUCUUGGACGAUCUUCUGUGGGUGCUGACAGACUCGCAGCUAAAAGCUGCGCUCCAUUUUCUCGACUCUUUGGCUGGCCUUAUCGAAAAAGCCACCGUUCUCGAGCGGAAGACAAAAGCUGCUAGGAAACUAGAGGUUUCACCAGAGAACCAGGCGCAGGUGUCGCAGCAAAGCAGAACGAAAAAUCAGUGCAAUACAGCGAUUUCAAAAAUAUUUACCAGAUACGAUGUCGUAGAGACGUCGUAUCACUUUCUCUCGCAACGCAUCGAUCUUCACUUAUGCGACGACGCUGGUGGAGGCAGGUCGUUGCAUCCUGAUCUGAAGGACGGCGGUGCGCUACAAAUUUCGUUAGUUAGAUUUCAAAUUGAUUAUUAUCCGUAUCAUCUGGCGAUGGCGGACAGAAAGCAUUGGGCCAAAUACAGGGAGAACGCCACACCUCACAACCAAUGGUUGCAGCAGUCGUUGAGCUCGUUCAGAAGUCAGUUUAUGGAUCUUAUCGAUUCUGGGAGGACACAACAUUCUCCUUUAACGAGAAGUCAAGGGAACGUAACAGGAAGUGGUACGAAAGGCUCCAGGGAGCAUUUGGAAAAGACUAAUCAGCCACCAAACCCAAGUGUCACGCCAUCUGAACAAAAAAAGUCUCAGCAUCCCAGCGGAAAUCCUGUGAAAAAUUACGUUUUGGAGCAGCUUGCCAAACUAAUGACGACGUGCAUUAUUAUCAGGAUCGAUGACUUUACUUUGUACAAAGUGACAACAACGUCGCGUAAUCCAAUGCCAAAAGAAUUCAUCUCAGCUCAAACCAGGAAAAAACAUACACCAGGGGAUCGUGACAGAUUUAGUCUUCCAGAAGACGUAACAAUAGUUCAUGCAGAGUUUACUUAUUACUACUAUCCAGGAGAUAUCACUUUUCCCUUGCCGCCGCCCAAGUUUUAUGUGCAGCUCAAUCCCAUUCAAGUAAAUUUUGACGUCUGCUCGUGCCUAUGGUUUAAUUCUUUCGCAUUGAAUCUUUAUCAUUCUCUUAUGGGAAAAGACAAGCAGCUGAGCUCUACGCGUUUAAUGUACUUCGAUGUAAAAAUAGAGGCUAUACUUCCAAGAAUAGUCUUCGAAAGUCAGCAGGAUUACCCAAACCAGAAAGACAGACCCAAGUCUCUGCAUCUUCAAACUUCUAGAGCAUCUAUAACGAAUGUGCGAUCGACAGAGAGAUCCUCGCGGGCGGAUUUGGCGCAGUGCCUCAACGCGUUUCAGAUGGGACAGAUGUUCUUUGGCGCAGAGUUCCCCAGUAAAUCGGGCGAUUUUCACGCAGUGACGGAUAAAUUUCUAACGCAUUGCGCAGGCACCGAUAAUAUCAGGCAAAUACCGCCAAAUUUCAGCAGCAAUUCCGUAAACGAGUUGCUGCGCCAGCUGAAUAGAGAACUCUUGUGGACGGAGGCGAAGGACGUGUGGUGCUGCAACUUGGAGCCUGUCUGGGGAGAUUUUUUCGGAGCACGAGCCGUCGGGCAGAAUCGGCCCGUGCCGUUUCUGGACGCGUUCCCUCUAACGCUGUGGUGCCACUUCACCGCGGACUCGUUAUCCGCCACGGAGAAGCCUUCGGCGGCCGACAUUCACGGGCUGGCGUACAUAAGCAAUUUAGUUAGCGUACAGAUAAAUCAUUAUCAGUAUCUGUUCUUACUGAGAUUGGCGGAGAUACUCUCCACCGAGAUGGCCACGUACUUGGCCGUGGACUCGAACAAGAUCCUGAGAGUCGAGAGCGGCGGAUCGGUGAUCAUAGGCGCGUUGAUACCGCAGGUGGAGGUGACGUUUGUCAUGCCGUCGCACACGCCCGGCAAAGAGAAUUCCGGCGGCGACCUGGAGUCCGUCGUGCCCGACUCUUCCAGCAUAGCGGACGAAUUCGUCGGCUCGUCCACGGUCUGGCACACCAGCACGGUGAGCGCGCGCGUCGACUUCAGCGCCAAGAGAAUGAACACGAGCAACGACGUGGAGACACCUCAGAGCGAGGCGUCGUCGAUGCUGUCGAUGGAUUACUCGCACUCUGCUCCGACGCAACCGGUCGUCACUUUCAAGCAGAACGGCACGAAGAAGGGUGACCAGGAGGGCCCGACGAACGCGAUGUGGUGCAUACCCGAGAGAGAGAGCAGCGGGCCGCAGUACGUGAUGCCGUUGGGCAAUACGAGCGACGAGAAGAAGCACGCAACGGAGAAGCACAGCAAGUUGGACACACCCUUCAUUCCGAACAACUUCAACGUCAAUCUCUCGUCUGUGAAGAAGGGAUUCAGCAACUUAAUGACGUCGAUCGACUCGGCCUUGAAGGCCUCCCCGGAAGACGGUAGUAGCGACACGGUGUCCAUGAGAAGCGACGUUAGCUCGGACAGCGAGAAUUACGUUUUGGUGAGCCUCCAAGAUCAAGGGAAGAUCGACGCGGUGUUCGGCAUCGAUAACUCGAUUAGGGUCGCGGCCGUGGAAGAAGCGACCGAAGUUGUAGAAGAAACGCCGGACACGCAGAGUGAGAAGUCUAUGGACAGCGUGUGCAAAAGGAAGGACAUAGUCUCCAUGGCGACGUUCAAGCUGUCGAAGGUCGAAUUUAUACAGCAGUCUUGCGAUUACGCUUCCGUCAUCAAGAUUCAGGUUUCCAACAUUGACAAUGACGAAUGCUCGUCUAUUCCUUGGGACGAAUUUCAGGUCAAGAGAAAGACCAAGUUCAGUUCGCGGUCUCGAGGCUGGAUAGAAUUACCGUCCGAUUCUGACUGCAGAUCACGUAUUAAGCUACGUUUGGAUCACUGCUUGAAAAAUCCGGACGACUCCCGCAGGCUCUCGGACGCCAGUCAAAGAGACUUGAGCGACAGUAACAGGCGUGCAUCUCAGGAUCGCGCCAGAUUGUCCGAGCAAGAUGCGUCGCGUACAUCCGGCAUUAAUGUGCACGACAAGGAGGGCGUUAUGAGUCUGUUUGAGGACAAGCUUGAGAUGAGAGUCGCUAACGUGGGAAUGUCAUUGUCGAUGAGCUCGGUGACGGGUUUAGCGGAUUUAGCGGAGGACGAGAUCAUACCUAAACCAAUUCCUAUGCAGAUAUACUUAGAGAAUAUAUCAUUACGUUUAAACGAGGAUCGUCCGCCAAAUAACAUAACUUCCCCGGGCCCGAUCCCGAUAGAUUUGAACAUCUCCAAACUCAGGAUAGCGCGGGACAUGAGCGGCGUUUUUCACAUCGAGCCCGUCGUAACUGCAGUAAACGAGAGCCAUUCAAAUACGGCGUUAUCGAAUGACAGCAGUUACACACUUAAGAAUGCCGAGUGCGAGAAGGAAUUGAAAGCUCUAAGACAAUCCAGUAAGCAGCUGAAAUUGGAUAACGAAGAAUUGAGACGUCGCAUGGGAGCUUUGGACAGAUUGUCGGAAGAAAAUGCAAGAUUAAUGCGCACGAAAGAAGAAUCGGAUUUAAUAAAGUCUCGUUUGAGCGCGGCGGAAGAUGACAUUGCGAGUCUUCUUGAAGAAAAGAGACUCUUGCACGAAACUAUUUCGGAGCUGCGAAAUCAAAGACUGGAAGACGGUCCUGGAGGUAGUAAUAGAGCUUCGUGGUCUAUUAAGAGAUAGCAUACCAGUUGUUUUGAUUGCUCCAAAUGUUGCAGUUCUAGUAAGUCCUAAUCAGUUACGUUUUCUAUAAUGCAAAAGAUUUCUUUUGACAAGUUUAGGAUCUUUUUUAUAUAAGGUAAAGAGAUUUUUAGUUUGUUUAAAUAAAGUGAUUAUCGUUAACGAUAUAAUUUUUAACCUUACACAUGUGAGUUAAUGAGGAUUAGAACGAUUUAAAUUUAAAUUGUUUCGGAAACACUAUCAGGUCUAUAAUUGUACUUUAAGACAUAUUAGUCCCGUCUGCCGUAAUUAUGCUAGUAACUGCCGUUUAGGUCUUUUGCUUGGAAUGUCGAACACAGUGAUAAGAAUCGUGUAGGUGCGUAUACGAAUGCGUAUGCAAAUUUAAAUGAGAAAAUAUCAACUUUCUUACCGUGAUCGAGGUGAUAAUAAAUUGCUAUAUCAACCCGUUUUCUGUUUCACUGUGAAAUUAGUGAUUGGUCGUACGAAUUUUCGAUAAGUGCUAUUUCGCUUGUGUGUCAGCAGUUUAUGCGUAAUGUGGUUGAAGGUUGUGUACGACCACUUUUAUUAUAUUAUGCACAGUUUCGGUUGUAAAUGUAUGUAGAGAUAAGUAACAAAUAUUUUGUCUAUACAUACAAACUUACAUGGUACACAUAUCCUUCUGAAAACGAAAGAGUGAUCUUAAAAUACGAUAAAGACGUAGACAAAUGAAGAAAACGAUGUAUUUAGAACUGGAUUGAUAUCUAUGUUAAUACAAAUGUGCUAGAUAUCUUUCUCUCUAUUUUAAGAUGGAAAUUGAAAUCUACUUGAACAGUAUACUUGCAUAUUUGUGCAUAAAAGUAUUGUGCAUAUACUUAUGAAAUAUGUUUGUAUCAGGACUUUAGGAGGAUGUGUACGUACAUGUACGGAAUAAGCAAGUGCACUAGUCAGUAUAUCACAAUUUAGGCGUAUUGGUUGAUUCUACAAUUGGUAAUAGUUUUAUAUUUUGCUUUCUGUGGAUAUAACGAUCUGAGAGCAUUCUGUGAGGCACAAUGAUUUAAAACAAACGAUUGUAACUUACAAUAGUAAUAUGCUAGUUGAGCCUACGGACUUUAAAUAAGAAUUGUGACCUGGUGGUAUCGCAUUACAUCGUAAUUUUAUAUUGACUGAUUUAAUGAUUCAUCGAAUGAUGAAAAUUAUAAAUAAUAAUACAGUGAUGUGGGACGUUUCAAUAAGACUGUAUAAAAUUCGAAGAUGUUGGUCUAUAGUAGUCGCUCUAGAGUCCUCCUUGAGAGAUAAUUUAUAUGAACGUUAGAAACGGCAAAUUGAAUCGAUGAACUUUUAGAAUGGAGAAAUUGUGAAAUACGAAUUGCGAAUGAUGAUCCCUUUAACAGAACCUGUUUUUCAGUUUACAAUCAGUCCCGAUAAUGUUGUAGCUUCCUUAGAGUUUGAUUUCGAUAGAUUUAAUUUUUACGACGGAUUGCUGGUCGAUCCUACAUAUAUGGAAAGUAUUUUUUUAUUGCGUACGAAUACAUGAUGCGAUUGAAAUUUGUUUCAUAAUGUAAAAUUCUGCUCUUAAUAUACACAAUUUCGCGUAUCAUAGAAGAUACGCCAUUUAGAUAGAUUUCCAUUUAGAUGCGGCUUCGAACGGUGCGUUCCCUUGGCAAAUAUUCUCUGUAGAUAGACGAAUACAAAUGAUCGCGAUCAACUACGCGACGACGCAAUUGCUUGAGAUGGUUCGGUGCAAUAAGAUAAAAUUAUGUAAUAUUUGACUAGCGAACGCAAGGAGUGAAGGUAGCGUAAUAUAUGUAGGCUUAGAGAAGGAUGAAAGGUAAAAGUUGAAGUUUUUGUUACUUUCAGAUAUACGGAUAAGCUUUUUAUAAUGCACAUAUCAUACCUACAAUGAAGGAUUUGCUUAAAUGUGUAACACAUUUAUAUGGUCUGAUAACAUUUUGUAUUGCAAGAACAUAUUUUCCUUGCAGUUUAAUUGUAUCGAUGUCCAUUAUCUUUCAAGUCUGAUUUAGCUCAACUUCCUAAAGUUUGUUCACAGUUCCUUUCCCGAAGAACUAAUUACUUUACAUUAAUACAAGCAUAUUUGGUAUUAAUUAGUAUGCACCUAAUAUAUUUUAUCGUGAGUUACAAUAUUGAGCUGAAAAUUACAUCUGUUUUUAAUCUUUCAAGUUU